GUCUUGCGUUUAGGGUUUUGAAGAAUAAACUAAAUUUGUUAAAUAACAGUAUGUUGUCUUGACCGUAAAACGACUAAUCCCGAUCCUAAUCCUACUUUCAAAACAAGACUCUGCGCCUUUAAGAUGGCUUGUGUUGCAACAAGUGGAGACUGAGCGUUCGCGAGCUGCUAGGAUGCCUUGAAGAGAUGUGCUCCGUGUGCGCGUGGCCAGCACUUCCACUGAUCGUUGACAACGCGCCCUGCGCGCGUGCACUACUAGACUGCGAAGAGGAGUGAGCGAAACGCUGAAUAUUCCCUUUCAUACUGACGGACAAAGGUGUAUCUAGGAGCCAGUCUUUAGAGAGUUUUUUUCCUUUCUAAAAACAACAACAACAGCAGCAGCAUCAACAAAUUCUCGAGUCAGUCACUGCAUUAAACAGACGGACAUCGCGAGGCACAGUGUAGUAGGUGCAACGCUCGCUCUCUCUCUUUAUUUGUCGGAACCCCUAAGUCAUGUGCGCGCUUAUUGAUAAAAAGUUAAUUCACGCGUACUAAAACACAAUAACCGGGAGAAGUGAGCUGAAAUUGCCUUAGUGUGUAGAGCGCAUUACGCUCUUUAUAAAUUACGCACACGCGUCGCACGUUCAAACGGGGAAUAAAUAACAAUGUCGAGGAAAAAAGCGGCCAAAGGAAAAGGCAGUUCAAAUACACCGAACUCAUCUCCUAGCAGCGAGAAAGAGAAAGGAAAGAAAGUCCUGACCCAGUCCAACGGAGUGGUCUAUCCCAGCCGACCCUCUCUCAGCAACAGCGGGGAAUUCUACGACAUCGCCUUCAAGGUAAUGCUGGUUGGUGACUCUGGGGUGGGGAAAACAUGUCUGCUUGUUCGUUUUAAAGAUGGAGCAUUUCUGGCAGGAAGUUUCAUCUCAACAGUCGGUAUUGACUUCAGGAAUAAGGUGUUGAAUAUUGAUGGCGUGAGGGUUAAACUACAGAUUUGGGACACAGCAGGACAGGAGCGAUUCAGGAGCGUGACGCAUGCGUACUACCGUGACGCCCAUGCUCUUUUGCUGCUCUACGAUGUGACAAAUAAAUCUUCUUUCGACAACAUGCAGGCCUGGCUCACAGAGAUACACGAGUUUGCUCAGCAGAAUGUAGUCAUCAUGCUCCUGGGUAACAAGGCUGAUGCCACACAUGAAAGGGUUGUGAAGAGAGAGGAGGGGGAGAAACUGGCCAAGGAGUUUGGAGUUCCCUUCAUGGAAACCAGCGCUAAAUCUGGUCUGAAUGUGGAGUUGGCCUUCACUGCUGUGGCUAAGGAACUGAAGCAUAGGGAGAUGAAGGAGCCUAACGAGCCAAAGUUUCAGCUGCACGAGUAUGUUAACAAGGAGAUGAAGGGAGCCGGUUGCUGUCACUCCUAAACCUGUGUGCACUUGUGUAUGUGUGUAUCUGUGUGUUUUUCCACUUUCAUCCUCUUCUCUUGCAUAAAUUGGAUGUCUGUCGUAAACUCUGUGGCUCUGGAGACUUUCAUUUUCAAAUGCUCUAUUCUUUUUUUAGACCUCCCUGCGCUUCACAGCUUGCAAACAGUACUGAACGGCACAAAGUAAACACAGUGUAAAGAGAAGCACUCGUCAGUAUGUAAUUGGUACACCCCCCAGACAGUCAAUAAAUUCAGAUGUGUGCUUUGAAAGAAUUAAUUGUUCAUCGCGCACUUGAAUUUUUCUCCUGACCCACCUCUCCGAGCAGCUGUGAAUGUACCUUCAAUACUCAUAACUCAUUCUUCAAUGGAUUAUUCAAUUAGGGGAAGUUUUCUGUCCCCUAGGAUGAUUUUGCUUUUUUUAGUUUCAAUUGAUAUAUUAUUACGUUUUGUCUCUUUGAGUACUUUUAGCUAAUUCUUAGAGAGUUGAAAAGUUAAAUAAGCCAAUCUUUUCCAUUUACCCUGACUUUUUAUCUUCCCCUCUACAGUAAAUUUGUAAAAAAAUAGUUAAAGUUAUACAGUUAAAUGACAGUUUGUCCAAAGCUUAACCCACUUUUUCUGCAAAAAGGAAAACAUUUAUACACAUUAUACCAAAAUCCAUGUAAAGGUUGAUCAAGACAAUGAUUAGAUCUUUAUUCCAGCAUAUCUGAUACACGUUUUAAUGUAAAUGAAACAUAGUUUGAAGUUUAAUUUGUCACAAUUUUAAGUAGUCAAAAGUGCCCCUAUUUGAAGUAUUACUCCAAUAUAGAUCAGAACCCCCCCCCCUUUUUUUUUGUCACACACACAUACUCAUAUCACUCUCUCUCUCUCACUCUCUCUCUCUCUCUUUCUCUUAUUGUUCAGCUUUAAGUCAUCUCUUAUCUGUUCAUGCCUUUUCAUAAAAUGAUAAAGCAUUAUGAAAGAUGAAUGUAUGUACUAUAAAUACUGAAAAAAAAAUUAAUAUGGCACUUAGGUUGCAUAAAAUAUACUUGAUGUUUUGUUAAAUGCCUUUACAUUUAGUUAUGUCUUGUACGCUGAAUAUAUAGAAAGCUUUAACUAGAAAUUAGUUGCAUUCAGUACUGUUCAAAAUGUUCCAGAAUUUAGCAAAUUGAUGUUAUGUCAAGAUACUAUGUGUACUGUGGAUUGUUUAAUAUAUGGUGUUGUUCAAAUAUUUUCAUUUGAAACGUUUAGCAUUUCAGCACUAUGCCUUUUGCACUUUUGUUCUUGUUGUUUUUCCAUUGUUGAUGUUGUUCUUAAUUUUUCCAGAUCUAAUGAAAGAUCUGUAUAUAGCCUAAAAUUAAUAUUUCGUUGAUCAGAAAAUUUGUACUGAUGUGCCAUUUUUAGCUGCAAUUUUGACAAUGAAUCGUCUAAUGUACAUAAAUCAAUUCUGUUUAUUUUCCCUAUGAAUAAAUUAUAUAAUUUGACGAAGAGGUUAUAUCAAUACAGAAAUUACAAGCAAUGAUAUACAGAGAUCUUUUCUAUUUUGGUAGAGGUCAAUUCAAAGUGUCGAGUUAAGAGUAUGUCAACCUCAUUCAUGUUGUUUUUAUGUAAUGUGUAUUGUAUUCCAAACAAUAAAUUGGACAGUGGAGUAAA